AUGGAAGAACUGGCUGCGGACGAUGAUCUGCUCUCCUCCAUGCUGUUGGACACGCUGGAGUUUGAGCCGGCCAUCACGACACACAAGAUGAACCCAUUGCAUCGAAAUGUGCGCUUUGACCGCGAUGUUGUGUCGCGCUUAGUACGCCAGCAUGUAAUAUGGGACCAAAAUGUGCCCGCGGCUGUCGCCGCGUUUAUGGACCUGCCCGUGAUCAAGAAACAUACACAGCGCAAGACCCCAGCGCAGCUGCGCGUAUUUGAAUUGUGUGUACUUGCUGUGCGUGCUAACGACAGGCAUAUCCAGCGAUACCUACAGGCGUACCUACCCGACGCUGGGUUUGAAUAUGCACUCACCUUUCGCUACCGCACCGCCUUUCUGCGCCAGGCAAAAUGGAGCGAAGCGGACGAGGAUGCGCCACGCGCCGCAAGCGGCACAGGCGCUGUGAUGGACCGCGCUGAUCUCUGUGUACUGUCCACACGCGCGUUUGCGCCCGACGAAACCAUGACGUUCUGCCGCGCCGCGCUCAAAGACCUUUCGCAUGCAGAAGACGAGGAACUGCGCCAAGGGGCACAGCAGGCGCGUGCGGCGUGCCACCAAGCAGGCCAUUCGCGUCCGCGGAGUGACUUUUCCAUUAUCCGCUCGUCUAGCAGAAAGUGCAGCCAGCUGCUUUUGGGUCCCGCGCGCUACAUCAACCACGACUGCCACCCAAACGCCGAGUUUCGCCGCUCGGGGCACCAGAUCUCCAUCCAGAUCAUCCGCCCCGUGCGCAAGAACGAGGAAAUCACGACAUACUACGGCGACAACUACUUUGAGCCGGGAAAUAAAGAGUGCAUGUGCGCGACGUGCGAGCGGCUCGGGCGCAACUUUUACGCGCAAAGCGCCCCGCACGAGACGCCUGCAGCCCAGCCAGACGCGCGUCUACUGCGCAGUGUUGCCCACCACGCGCCGCCGCGCAAUGUGCCCGAGCACGACCGGAUUGCUAUCCAGCUCGAUCCCGAUGCACAAGGCGCCGAAGUGCUGUGCAUCACCUGCAACGCCCGUUUUCGCGCGCCGGAACGAUGGUGGACGCCAGACGAAUGCAUGCGGUGCGAGCGGCACUAUAAACUGUACCAGCGCGACUGGCCGAACCGCACGCCGCAAGAGCAUCGCGCAGAGCGCACGCGCUCUGCGCCCGAGAAAAAACGCACAGCGCGCACGACAAAACGCGUGGGGAAGCGCGGCGCCUCGUCGAGCGCGGAGCCUUUUUUGCCUGUGAAGCUAAGUCCUGUCCGUGCGGUGCACUCGGACACGAGCGAUGCCGAGUCGGCUGACCGGCAUCUGCCGCGACGCAAGUACGAGGUGCGGAGCGACGAUAGCGACGAAAACUUUGACGAGCACCAUGUCACGCUCGGGCCGCGCAUUUUGGGGCACCAAGCGAGCACCGAUGUGCUUGCGUCGUACUGGGGCGCGACAGAGGGGCCGCGGCGUGCGCGGCGCAGGCCAAAUCACGAUGUGUACGCAAGUGCGCUGCAGCAUGGGCCGCGGACGAAGCAGCAUGACGGCGAGCACGACGGGGCGCAUGACGGGGCGCACGACGGGGUGCGGGCAACGUCCUUGCCGCCCGCGGUCAAGCGCGUCGUCCACGACACGCACAAACGCAGUGCGUCGAGCUCGCAUGCACGCGACAAAUCCAAAGACGCAGUGGCCGCACCCAGCGCCGCACCCAAAGCCAGCGCGCCGAGCAGUGCCGCUAUGCGCACGCCGCCCAUUGCGACAAGCGGCGCGGCGCGUACUUCCGUGUCCAACCUUGCACUCUUUUGGUCCGGCGGUGUGGCCGGCCGGACGCGAGGCCAGGCGCGCGCUUCGAGCGAGACGCGUUUGCAGUGCAUGGCGUCGGCCGGUGCGGCCCGAGCGCGCUCGGAAUCAACGGAGCGUGUGCCAAAGCCAGACGCGGGGCGCGCCGAGAAGCAUGGUGCGCCAAACGGACAGGGUGCAGAGACACCACGGCCCUCUGUGCCUGCCGAGCAUGUUUUGCGGCAGGAUACGGCGCUGCCCCCGAUGCCAAGUGUGGUGCGGCAGCCGGCGCGGCGCAACUUGCGCUGGGGAAAUGGCAAGACAAGUGCAAGUCGUGUAUUGCCGAUACAACGGCAUGCACCGCUCCUGCCCAAGGCCAGCCGUGCAGAUGGCGCAGCAGCGCCGUUUUUCAAUGGGGCAUAUCCCAGCGAGCACACACUCCCGCUCAAGCACGAGCAUUCAAUGUAG